AAUAUUCUAUUCCUCGUACCGCCUCCCCCGUAUUUAAGCCCGUGCUGUUCCUUUCCAUUUUUCUCAUACGUCCCAUCAUUGCACUCCGACGACGCCUACGACAGCGUGCUCGUCUUCAUAAAUAAGCUUAGUUCUUUACCGCCUGGUACCCUUUGUCGCUCAACUAAGCCUCAUGUUCGAGGAGAUAUGCCUCGCAUGUUCCAAACACCUCCGCGAUGAUGGUCGUGCUUACUGCAGUGAUGAAUGCGAAAAUUCAGACAUGUAUAAUUCUCCUUCCAUUUCUUCUGCCAGCAGUGCCCUUUCGUCUCCAUACAUCGAUUUUACUCCCGGUGGCGAAGUUCCACCGCUCAUGCCGUCUGCAUUAGGAACCGCGCUUAGCAGUAAUUUCCAGAAACGAGGCCGGUAUUCUGUGUCGUCUUCAUCCACAUCUUCGGCUUCCUGGUCCCUCUUCACUGAUGCAGAAGAGGAAGGCUAUGCUUCUGUUGGCAUUGAUGACGAAGCCGCAUAUGAAGGAGAUGGCUUAGAAUCAGGUGUAUCCGGUGACGGCUUCGCACGGUCCGCAGGCUUCUUACAUCCGUGCAAGUCCUCAGGACUUAACUACACUCGCCAACCGUCAGCUACCAACAACCGCUCAACCAUUCCCCUUCUUCACCGCCGAACGUCUUCUACAUCUAGCUCAGGUUUCGGUCAACUGCAUUCAUCUGCUGAAGAUGAUGCUGAUUCUAUGAACGACGUUCCUUUCCACGAGAAACCUUCAGAACGAGAGCGGGAGCAUAACAAUCUCACUGUUACUUCCAAGUACAAAAAGAGCCGUAAUCGUGCGAGCCUCCCUGCAUAUUUCUCUCUUCUGCAGGUCAGCUCCCCCCAACGCAGCUCGCCGCCACUUUCCACCAGUUCAGGAAACACAACCAAUCGUGCUUCUCCUCCUACACCAAAAUUAGCUUCAUUGCUAGCAAUCUCUGGCAUUCGGUCUGUCGUAGAAGCGACGCCCCGUGGGCGGCGACGCGAACCUGACAUGAAUAGUCGCUCCAACUCCCGUUCUCGUGCACGCCAGCAGACUCUGGUUCCUGGACCUCGCGAACGCCAGGACAGCCGUAGCAGUGUCGAGAAAGUUUUCGAUUGGACUUGCGCUCCGUUGCAUCGAGGUCGUCCAAGUGUACGGCGCAACUCAUCACCACUUCCAAAGAUGAUGUCCUCGAUGCAGCGAUUCGAGGAAACACCUUUCGUUAAUUCCAUCGAUGAGGCACACGAACGCAGGGGCCGCUUCAAGCGCAACGAGCUUGACGGACCAGGCUCGCGUGAUGCGCCGGGUUAUGGGAAUGGCAGGAGCGGCCUGCGAGAGCGGGUGCGAGAACGCCAGCGCGAUGUUGACGCCGGUUUUCUGUAACCGCACCCCCCAGAACUCGUUUCUCGUUAUGCAUGCCACGCCGAUAUAUUUUUGCAUCUCAGGCGUGAUAAAACCAAUGGCUUCUCAAUCGUUUUCUCGUCACAUCGCACUCAAAAAAAUAACCGCACAGACCUUUCACUCGCCCUUUUAUAUCGACCAUACGU